AUGGCACACCCACUAAGCGUCCCCGCGCUCCUGGAGGGGCAGGGCCUGGUGCGGGCAGGAAUCGACCGAGCUGAGCUAGAAGCUCGGGGAGGGGGCUGGGAUCGGGCUCACUUGAGCCGCUGUCUCAAGGCCUUCCGGUUCAGCCAGCCCUGGCCUCUUUUCCAUAAACGCCUCCGGAGGCAAGGGACUGCCCUCAUCCACGCUGGCGCCCCUCCGCAGCGCCGCCCCAGCCUCCCCGAGGGGGCACCCCGCCAGGACGCCGUCCACGCCCGCAGCCCUUUCCUUGCUCAGCCCCAGUCCCAUGUUCACACUAGCCUCAAGGAGGAGUCCGGCCAGAGGGAGACUGGGAACUAUGAGUUAUUCGCGGCUGCGGUGGGCAACGUCGAAUGGCUGCGGUUCUGUUUGAGUCGGAACACUGGGGAAAUCCCAGCAGACAGCAAGGGCUUCACCGCCAUUCACUUUGCAGCCCAGCGGGGCAAGCUUGCAUGCCUGCAGGUCUUGGUGGAGGAAUACAAGUUUCCUGUGAACCAACCCACCAACAAUGGCCAGACCCCCCUGCACCUAGUUGUCCACAGGGACAACAAGACCAUGGUCCUCCCCUGCAUUCACUAUCUGCUCAAGAAAAAGGCGGCCAUCAAUGCUCAAACACAAAGUGGCCGCACUCCCCUGCACAUGGCAGCCCGUGAGGGCCUGUUGGGGUGUUUGAAGGUCCUGGUAGAGAAUGGUGCCAAUGUCCAUGCCCAAGAUGCCAUGGGCUGCAAACCCAUCGACCUAUGCAAAAUAUGGAACCACCGCACCUGUGCCCGGUUCUUGAAGGAUGCCAUGUGGAAACGGGACAAGAAGGACUUUGCCCGUGAGAUGGAGGACCUGAAGAGGCUCAAGGACAGGCUGAUCCUCUUGGAGCGGCAUUACCUGAUUGAGUAUCAGAAAGAGUGUGAAGCCCUGAAUGAAGCUGAUUUCAAGAAGUGGCUCCACUGCAAGCUGCUGCUGGCCCGCAACACCAAGCAGGCACCUGGUGCCUCACCUUCAGCCACUGCCCCCACAAAGACCCCCAAGUGCCCUGGAUCGCAGCCUUCUAAGAGCUAUCACCCUUUCCUGAAGGCACGCCUGCGACACAAGCCACAGCCCACACUGCAGCCCAUGGGAGCACGAAUAUCCUCGCUGUAUAGGCCGUCCAUAGUCACACGGCCUAAGCUGUGGAGCCAAUGCAGUAACCCUGCCAGAGUCCCCACCGCCAAGAUCGGCUACCCGCAGGGCAUCCACCUGGGUGUGCAGCUAGACCCCACCCAGGAGCAUGACUUAUGCAACUUCGUGAAGGUGAGCCCCGACGGGCAAGGAGGCGCGCUGCUGCACACAGUUACUGGCCGCCUGGUGGCACCUGUGCCCCAACUGCCUUUUGAAGUCGUGGUCCAUGAGCUGUACCCCUCGCAGCAGCCAUACAGGAUGAAGGUACCCCAGGGUUUCUACCCCGUCAGCUUGAGGGACGUACCCCGGAAGUGGCGCCUGGGUGACAGCACCUUCUGGACAGACACUUUGGCCAUGAACCUGCGUGAGACAUUUGAUGAAACGUUCCUGACAGCGCUGCGUGCUCAUCAAGGACUUCCCAUCCUGCCCUUGCCCGAAGUUUCCCCAUAAAGUUAUUUUGGCAGCCUCUGGGUAUGACAAUUCCAUGUUGCAGGUGGGGAGGAAACGGAGGUACCAUGCAUACUCGGCUCCUCACUCUCAAGCUCAAGGUUAGGAGCUGUCCCCUCCCCCAAUAGGCUAGAUCUCAGGCCUUCUUUCUCUCUACAAAGCAAUCUCUUGGGCCCUGGGGGGAUCCAACUUAGGAAACAGCCCCAGGGCUCAGAGUGGAGGUUAGUCACUUCCUGGUGCCCUAGCAUCG